AUGGCCGAGUCACCGGCGGGGUCGGUGGUGAGCGCCGGGCUGGAUGACAGCCCCACGGGGCUGAGCCCAGCUCCUGGCAAGGCACUGAGCCCUGUGCUGCUGUGCAAGGUGUGUGGGGACAGCAGCAGUGGGAAGCACUACGGCAUCUAUGCCUGCAACGGCUGCAGUGGUUUCUUCAAGCGCAGCGUCCGCAGGAAGCUCAUCUACAGGUGCCAGGCGGGGACAGGGCUGUGCCCGGUGGACAAAGCGCACCGCAACCAGUGCCAGGCCUGCCGGCUCAAGAAGUGCCUGCAAGCCGGCAUGAACAAGGAUGCUGUGCAAAAUGAGCGUCAGCCCCGCAGCACAGCCCAGGUCCGGCUGGACAGCAUCGAGCUGGACACCGAGCUGCCCCCUGAGCAUGUGGCCACCACCCGUGAGGUCCCUCCAACCCCCUGCCCAGCCUCCCGGGGUCCUGGUGCCACUGGCACCAUCACCCCAGGCCCCCGAGCACCCACACCUCCCAGCAACCAUCGCUUCAUGGCCAGCCUGAUGACGGCUGAGACCUGCGCCAAACUGGAGCCCGAGGACGCUGAUGAGACAGUGGAUGUAACGGGCAGCGAGCCAGAGCGGGUGGCUGGCGAGUACCAGGUGGCUCCAUACCCAGCAGCCAGCCCUGAAAACGUCUAUGAGACCUCAGCACGUCUGCUCUUCAUGGCUGUGAAAUGGGCCAAAAACCUGCCUGUCUUCUCCAACCUGCCUUUCCGUGACCAGGUGAUCUUGCUGGAGGAAGCAUGGAGUGAGCUGUUCCUGCUCUGUGCCAUCCAGUGGUCCAUGCCCCUGGAGAGCUGCCCACUGCUGGCUGUUCCCGAACCGGCCCCUGGCAAGCUGCUGCCAGCCGCCCUGGAUGUCCGAGUGCUGCAGGAAACCCUCGGCCGCUUCAAGGCCUUGGCCGUUGACCCCACCGAGUUUGCCUGCAUGAAGGCUGUGGUGCUCUUCAAACCAGAGACCCGCGGCCUGAAGGACCCUGACCAGGUGGAGAACCUGCAGGACCAGUCGCAGGUGAUGCUGGGCCAGCACAACCGCUCCCACUACCCUGGGCAACCUGUCAGGUUCGGGAAGCUGCUGCUGCUCCUCCCGGCACUGCGCUUCAUCUCCUCGGAGCGCGUGGAGCUGCUCUUCUUCCGCCGCACCAUCGGCAACACUCCCAUGGAGAAGCUGCUGUGUGACAUGUUCAAGAACUGA